AUGCUGCUUCUUACGGCUAUAGUCGUGUGCGCUACAACCCUUGGUUGUAUAGUGAUGGUCCAAGCCAGUGGAAACCAAAAGCCAAUUCAACAAGACCAGAUACCGCCACUUCAAACUGCUCCUGUUUGGUUAAAUGCUUGCAAAAAGAAAGAUCCAAAUUUGGAUGAAUGUAUCCGUAUGACUUUUCAGAACAUGUUUCCUUACUUGGCAAAAGGAAUACCGGAGAUUGGAACCAGGCCGUUCGAACCAAUGGAUAUUGACAAAGUGUCUUUAACUAAAGGCCAAGGGGCAAUAACAUUAUCCGGAGCAUUCACAAAUCUUAUUGUACAUGGACCAAGUAAUACGACCGCUUUGUAUACCAAGAUGGACUUGGUGAAAAAUCGUCUAGACAUUGGUCUAUUCAUACCAACAAUCAAAGUAGAAUCGAAAUACGAUCUGAAAGGAAAUUUAUUAUUGUUACCACUGGUUGGUGUAGGCGAUGCUAAACUAUAUUUAAAGAAUGUGACUACACACGUACAGACAAAUAUCUACUUCCCCCAAUAUAUGAACGAAACUGUAAUGGUGGCUAGCAGUAUGAAAGUUGACUUUAACUUGGCUGCAAUGCGUGCCAACUUUGACAAUUUGUUCAAUGGCAACAAAGUAUUGGGGCGAACUGUCAACACGUUUUUGAACCAAAACGCAUUGGAAGUGGUAAAUGGUCUGAAAGAAAAUAUUGGUGAAAACCUUUCGACCAUAUUUAAACAGAUUAUGAACGAUGCAUUUAGUCACAUGCCAACGAAACUGUGGCUACAAGACGAUUAGUUGACUUAUGUAACUUUAUUAUUAUGUGAGCAUUGUUGUACAUAUAGCCUAUUUCGAAUUAUUUUAACGUAUACCUAUAAUUAUAUUAUUAUUAUAUUCGUGAUUCAUGAUUAUAAUUUUUAAUCAUUGUAUUUUGUACUUUUUAUUUUCACAACUAUGUUACUAUUGUAUAUGUAUUACUAUUAUUAAAAAUGUAUGAAGAGGAAUAAAAAUCAAUGAUACACUUCCUAAGUAUUGCAAGACGAACAAACUAAAAUUCAACUAAAACAAAUUAAGUCCUUUCACUUUUCUAUCAAGCGAAUUUAUAUUAUGAAUUACUACCUAAAUAUUAUAUAGAGUUCUAAAAAUUGACCUUCAGUCACAAUACAAAUUAUAUCUGACAUGACGUAUGCGACCAUAUGUACAAGUAUAAAAUACUAAUAAAUAACCUAACUUCAUA